AUGGCUCCAACUCGAGACGAGAUGCUUUCCCUGGCAAAAGGGCUGUCAUUGGAAAUCCCGGAAAACGAGAUUGAAGACUACGAGACGCUUCUUGCGCGAACCCAAAACACAUUAGAGCUGGUCGCUGCCAUGGAUGAUUACCAACCCGAACCAGACCAGACCACCAGCCCGAGACAGAAUAUCCACUUCCCCCAACCAGCCGAUAACCCCCUCGGCGCAUGGGCCUGGCGUUUCGAUCUAUCGUCUAAUUCCCCAAGUUCCAAUGCCUUGAAAGGCAGAACUCUCUGCCUGAAAGACAAUAUUUCCGUUGCCGGCGUACCGUGUUUACUUGGCACCGACACCUUCCGCGACUGGGUCCCACAUACCGACGCCACGGUGGUGUCGCGCAUUGCUGACGCUGGCGGCAUCAUCACUGGUAAAGCCGUAUGUGAGAACCUGUCCCGUGGAGCCGUCAGCUCGACUGCAGCAACUGGCCCUGUGCACAAUCCGUAUGCGCCGGGGUACUCAGUAGGAGGUAGCAGUUCUGGCACGGCGGCGCUUGUGGCGAGCGGGGCUACGGAUAUGGGAAUUGGAUGCGACCAAGGAGGCAGUGUUCGCAUCCCGGCUGCCCUAACGGGGCUGUAUGGGUUCAAGCCAACGGCAGGGUUGGUACCAUACACGGGUAUUGCGAGCAAUGAUGCGAGCUUGGAUUAUGUUGGGCCAAUUACUACCACUUGUAUGGAUAAUGCGGUAUUGUUGGAGGUGAUUGCUGGUGCUGAUGGUUUGGAUGACCGUUCAGGGGCGGGGAUUCCUUUUCCUACAGAUGUACCACGUUAUUCCCACUUGCUGAGGGAGGGUGGUGCAGCUGGAAUCGAGGGGUUGCGAAUAGGCAUUUUGAAGGAAGGUCUUCCUGCUCAGACUGACCCGAAUAUAGAGGAAAGAUUCAGAAAUGCGGUCAAUGUCUUUGAAAAGCUAGGGGCUAGCGUGCAGGAGGUUAGCGUUCCUCUUCAUUCUUAUGGCAGAUCGGUAUACUCCGUAGUCAGCAAGAUGGGGAAUCAUAUGGGGAUGAUGGGACAAGCGACAGGUCGACGACAAAUGAUGUUGACAGACUUGUUUGAAAAGAAAGGCCUUCCCUACACGCCCGAUGUGGUUAGCAAGAUGAGCAUUAUGAGCAAGGAAGCUCUCCUCACCGGCGAGUUUGCCUGGCAGCGAUAUGGAACCGUAUAUCCAAAAGCCGUGAACAUCAUGCGAAAGCUAAAGGAUCUGUAUGACAACGUUUUGUCUUCAGUGGACUUGAUAAUAAUGCCCACGACCCUUGUGCCUGCAAACCGCCUCCCAGUUGCCGAGGCAAUGCCAGUUGUCCAAAUGGAAGCGGCGAAAGGGAUGACAGAAAACACUUGCCCAUUUAACGCCACUGGACACCCAGCGCUAGCAAUCCCUAUCGGAUUUGUGCCUGCAAAUGGGGAUAAAAACAUCAAGUUACCCGCCAGUAUGCAGAUUGUGGGCAAGUGGCACGAUGAGCUGACUAUUUUGCGUCUUGCACAUGCGUGGGAGCAAAGUAUCAACUGGAAAGAAUUUUGA